CGACGGCCUCCGCGCGGCGUUCCGUUGUGAGACCAUGUGCGGCAGCGUGUGAUUGCAAGUGCCACCUCUGUUUGCUGCACAUCUGAAGGCGGCGCGCGCUGUGUGGAAGGGCGCUGAAUGAGCACAUGAAAUUUGCAGCACGCGUCGGUCGGUUGAUUGUUGAUUGUGAAGCCGCGUCCUAUUGACUUAUUCUCAUCCCCCGCCCUCUCUUCCACUUCUUCACCACAACACCACCCACACUCGUUAAGCACUUGCUUCUUCCAACUUCUACCACUCCCUCCAGCACUCGUUAGCCCUCUCUUCCAUUACACCCACCCAUCACCAAACACCAAGAACCUCAGCAAACCCAUCAUCAACAUGCAGAUCAUCACCGACCUGUCGCUCCUCGCCACUCUGGCCUCGACCGUCGCUGCCACUUCGGCUUCCUCGGGCUGCAGCACCGUGUCGACCACAAUCACCACGACCGUCGCCACCAUGACCGUCACCGUCACUCCGGGCGCUUCGUCGACUGCUGAUGCCGGCACUGCCAGCCUGAGCCACAGCACCUUCACCUCGGGCACUUGCUCGUCCAGCAUCCCAACCACCAGCUCGAGCUCCGCCGCUGCCUGGACCUCGACCAAGCAGGCCCCACCAGCUACGACCACUCCUUGGUCUCUGUCGACCUACACCAGCUUGGCAAAGACUGGCACCACUACCGUCACUCAGUGCGUCGCUGGUGCCCAGCAGGCCGGCGUCAACACCGUCCCGGGCGCCAACGGCACCACCUACGUCGUCUGCGCCGGCGCUCCGCACCCGACCGUGAGCACCAUCACCGGCAAGCCCAUCGCUGAUCCUCUCGGUGGCAAGCAAACGACCACGGCGUUCUCCUUCUACCCAACCGGUCACGCCAACUCGACUACUGCCACGACUGCUACCGGCACUGGCAGCGUCCACACCACUCCAACCGGCAUCGUCCCAUUCACCGGCGGUGCUGCUUCUCUCGACGGCAAGAAGGCUCUCGCUGCUCUGGCUGCCGUCGCCAUUGGCAUGCUCUUCGUCUAAGGCGGCUGCUGCCUGUCACGACAACGACACGCUUCCCCAAGCUACGAAAGCGGAGACUCUCGCAGAUCUCUGCCACGACUGAUGGAUGCACUGCGUCAUGCUUACGGCUUCACUACGAUGGUUGCAUAGGCGUUCUUUGAUUUCUUUCCUCGAUCGCGGCUGCGCGAGGAGCACAGCUAGAGGCUUCUACAGCGGAGGAUUUUGAGCGUGCUCGAGACCUCCCAGAGGCGCAUUGCGUGCACAUUGCUGCUUGAUACCACUCUGUACCACAUGAAAAGCGACUUUGAUUCCCAAUUAUUGUUGACUUUCAGCGAUCGUCAAACCUCGGUUCAGCU